GCCUUCGCCCUUCUUGGCCUGCUGAACAACUUUUGCUAUGUCGUCAUGCUCACGGCGGCGCUGCACCUCGUCGAGAGCGCGGCGGGCCUCGUGCUCCUCGCGAACGUGGCGCCGUCGUUGCUACUCAAGGCGGUUGCGCCCUGGACGUUGCACCGCGUCGGCUACGGCCCGCGCGUCGUCGGCUGCGCGGCUCUGAGCGCCGCCGCGUUCUACGGCGCGGCGGCCUGGCCCGGGCGCUGGCGCCUCGCGGCCGUCGCGUGCGCGUCCCUCGCGGCCGGCGGCGGCGAGGCGACGUUCCUCGCGCUCGCGCACUUUUACGACGCGCGCGCGCUGCACUGGUGGAGCGCGGGCACCGGCGCCGCGGGGCCCGCGGGCGCGGCGUACUACGUGCUGCUCACGCGCGCGGCGGGCUGGACGCCGCGCGCGGCGCUCCUCGCGGGCGGCGUCUGGCCCCUCGCGUCGCUCGCCGCCUACUUUGGCCUCCUCGGGCCGCCGCCGCCGGAGCCGGGGGGUUUGCUCGAGCUCGAGCUCGCGCCCGCGGCCAACCCGCUCCGCGGCGCCGACGGGUCCGAAGUCCCCCCGGACGCCGCCAGCGCGCCGUCGCCGGCCGCGCGGUUCCGGCAGCUCCGGCCCUACGUCGGCCCCCUCUUCGUCGUCUAUCUCGCCGAAUACACCAUGUCCACCGGCGCGACGUCCACGAUCGACGCGCGCGGCGUGUCGCGGAAGCGGUUCUACGAGCUCGCGUCGCUCGUCUACCAGCUCGGCGUCCUCGUCUCGCGGAGCAGCGGCGGCUGCGUCCGGCUCCGGUGGCUCUGGACCAUGGCCGCGCUCCAGUGCGCGAACCUCGCCGCGAUGGCCGCCGCGUCUUUCUUCGACGCGCCCGCGCGCGGCGUGCCCUGGCAGGCGCUCCAGGCCCUCGUCUUUUGGGAGGGGCUCCUCGGCGGCGCCGUCUAUGUCAACGCCUUCGGCCGCAUCCACGCCGAGGUCCCGCGCGAGGACCGCGAGCUCAGCCUCCUCGUCGCGAGCUGCGCGGACAGCGCCGGCAUCAACUGCGCCGCGUGGCUGAGCCUCUGGCUCCAG